AUGGCGGUCAAUCGAUUACGGAGCGCCUUCGCGGUGCCCAGGAAAGGAGAGACGUUUGAAUUGAGAGCUGGAUUAGUUUCCCAAUAUGCAUAUGAAAGGAAAGACGCCAUUCAAAGGACCAUUAUGGCGAUGACGUUGGGUAAAGACGUUUCUGCCCUAUUCCCAGACGUUUUGAAGAACAUUGCGACCACGGAUCUCGACCAGAAAAAGCUUGUAUACCUUUAUUUAAUGAAUUAUGCCAAAUCGCAUCCCGAUCUUUGCAUUCUGGCCGUGAACACCUUUGUUCAAGACUCCGAAGAUCCAAAUCCUCUUAUUCGAGCGCUCGCUAUCCGAACAAUGGGAUGUAUUCGAGUUGACAAAAUGGUGGAUUACAUGGAAGAGCCAUUGAGGAAGACUCUAAAAGAUGAAUCGCCCUACGUUCGAAAGACAGCGGCUAUCUGUGUGGCCAAACUUUUCGAUUUGAAUCGAGCCAUGUGUCUUGAGAAUGGUUUUCUGGAGACUUUGCAGGAAUUGAUCGGAGAUCCGAACCCUAUGGUUGUUGCGAAUUCAGUGACUGCUUUGGCCGAAAUUGCGGAAACGGCGCCGGAAACAAGGGCGUUGGAAAUCAACUCGAACACGCUUCGCAAAUUGCUCAUGGCCUUGAACGAGUGUACGGAAUGGGGUCGAGUUACGAUUCUUAACUCGCUGGCUGAAUUCAAAACCACCGAUGUCAAGGACGCUGAGCACAUUUGCGAGAGGGUGGUCCCACAGUUCCAGCAUGUGAAUGCUAGUGUUGUUCUAGCCGCAGUCAAGGUUGUUUUUUUGCACAUGCGGUAUAUUAACGCGGAACUCGCCGCCUCGUACUUGAAGAAAAUGGCACCUCCAUUGGUGACUUUGGUUUCAUCGGCACCCGAAGUUCAGUACGUCGCUCUACGGAACAUUGAUCUGCUUCUUCAGAAGCAACCAGACAUUCUCAACAAAGAGCUCCGUGUUUUCUUUUGCAAAUACAACGAUCCACCCUAUGUUAAGUUUCAAAAACUGGAAAUCAUGGUCCGGAUAGCAAACGAAAAGAAUGUUGAUCAACUUUUGGCCGAGCUCAGAGAAUAUGCUCUCGAAGUCGAUAUGGACUUUGUGAGAAGGGCCGUCAGAGCUAUCGGUCAAACAGCCAUCAAGAUUGAGAGUUCUAGCGAGAGAUGUGUCAAUACUCUUCUCGACUUGAUCAACACCAAGGUCAACUACGUGGUGCAGGAAGCUAUCGUUGUCAUUCGUGACAUUUUCCGAAAAUACCCCGGCUAUGAAAAUAUUAUCCCGACGUUGUGCAAGUGCAUUGACGAGUUGGACGAGCCUAAUGCUCGAGCUGCUUUGAUAUGGAUUGUUGGCGAGUAUGCGGAAAAGAUCAGCAAUGCUGGUGAUAUCUUGGCCGGAUUUGUGGAGGGUUUCAAUGAGGAAUUUACCCAAACACAAUUACAAAUCCUUACAGCAGUCGUCAAACUUUUCCUCAAGCGUCCUGAGAAAGCUCAAGGUCUAGUUCAGAAAGUCCUUCAAGCCGCUACCAAAGAAAACGAUAAUCCGGAUAUUCGCGAUCGAGCAUAUGUUUAUUGGCGACUGUUAUCAAACACGACCGAUCCCAAUGCAGCUAAGAAUGUCGUUUUGUCUCAAAAGCCACCUAUCACGACCACUAUCCAAUCCUUACCACCGGCACUACUAGAUCAGUUGCUUGAAGAAAUGUCGACCUUGGCUUCGGUUUACCACAAACCGCCCGAACAGUUUGUGGGUCAGGGACGCUUUGGCGCAGACGCUGUCCAACGAGCUGCUAUUGAGGAACAACUGCAAAACGCGCGCGAGAACCCAUUAGCAGCAGCCGCCGCCGCCGCAGCAGUCUCAGGCGCAACACCCCCAUCUCAAUCGCAAGCCAAUGCCGAGAAUCUACUAGACAUCGAUUUUGACGGCUCCGCUCCCGCAUCAGCACAAAAGGAGCCUCCGAGCGGCAUGUCAGGUCUAGAGGGAUUAGCGGGGACACCAGUCCGAACUGAAUCUCCAGCUACCACGGCACAACAAAGCAAUAAUCUCGACGAUUUACUCGGAGUAUUCGGUAACGAUAGUACCAAUAAUAAUGCCGGUGGUAGUUCUAAUUUCGCUGCUCUAGGCGGUUUUGGUGGUAGUACCACAGGUGGAGGAUUCGGUGAUGAUGAUUUGAUGAAUGGAUUUCAGAGUUUGAAUGCGAAUGGUAAUCCGACAUCACCGCCACCACCUGCUGGAGGUAAAAAGACGAAUGAUGAUCUUUUGGGGUUGUUUUAGAAGAAAUAAUUUUUUAUGCUCUUUUCUAC